UCUCAUCCUUUUUUUCUUGAUCUUUAGAUGGAGUAGGCCAUGGAUUUUGAUCUGUUUGUGGGGUUCGCGAGGGUUUCUUUUUGGUUGUGAGAUCGAUUCAAUGCGGAGUUCCAAGUUUUGGCUUUUCAGGGUUCUAUCUGGAAAUCUGGGAGCUUGGAGUUGGAGCAUAGAAGAUUAGAAGGGGAUUACUGAUGAGAGGUUGAAAGGUGUGAUUUUUGAGGAUUCAAUGGUGAUGGAUCAGGGACUUCAGAAGCUUGCUGCCAUGACGAGUGGCUUUCAGUAUGAUGAUUUCUUCACAAACCAGUACUCUUUGAAUGGGCGAAGGUUAGAGCAGCCAAACUCUUUGUAUACUCACCAAAACUUUGGUGCAAAUUCAUAUGUUCAUGUUCCUGUUAUCCAAAAUAGCCCCCCUGCAGCAGUGUCUUCAACCAUGGUGGCUGCCAGGGAUUCAUCAGAGGAUUCAGAGAUCUUCUCUGAUAUUGCCCUAACUUACAUUAGCCGUAUGCUCAUGGAGGAGGAUAUUGAUGAGAAGGUGAAUAUGUAUCAGCAGCAGGCUGCACUUCGAGCGACCGAGAAGCCGUUCUAUGAUAUUCUUGGCCAGAAGUAUCCAUAUCCACCUUCUCCUGAUCAGCCUCCCUUGUAUUCCAAUCACUACCUGGAGAGCCCUGAUGAUAGCAUCAAUAGCCAUCACUAUGCAAAUCCACAGCAUGGUAUUGGUAACAAUAGCAACGGAGUGAUGGAUCAUAGAUAUACCUAUGAUUCUGUGUGUUACCCACAUAUGCAACUUCGUCCUGUCUCUGUUGAUUCUUUGUCGUCGACGCCGUCGAUCGGCUCUUCUUGUGGUUCUCUUGAUUACUCUACUCAAUCAAGUGCUAGUAAUGUUGCGGAAGUAGCAGAAGAGCCUCAAGUGAGCAGUGGUAGCUGGGUUUCAAAUCUGUUUGUUGACAGUCAGCCUGCUUGGCACUUCAGGAAAGGAGUUGAAGAAGCUAAGAAGUUCCUGCCUAGAGAUGAUAAGCUGGUAGUUGAUUUAGAGGCCAAUGGGGGUUCACCGUAUCCGGUAUCGAAGAAGAAAGGGAGUGAUAGAUUGAAUGGGAAUGAGAUCAAGACAGAGGAGGAGGGAGACCAUGUCAGUUCUGGGUCUAGAUGCCGGAAGAAUCCAAACAGUGAGGAUUUGGCUUUGCAAGAGGGGAGGAGCAACAAACAGUCAGCUGUUUACUCUGAGGAGGCUCUUCGAUCUGAUAUGUUUGAUCUGGUUUUGCUCUGUCACAAAGGGAUGCCGAGGAAAGGUGGUGUCCAAGUUCUUCGAGAAGCACUCCAGAAUGAAACCAGCAAGAAUUUGCAGAGCAGUCAAUCUGGCAGUGGAAAGGGCCGAGGGAAGAAGCAGAACAAGAAGGAAGUUGUGGACCUCAGAACUCUGCUCAUUCAUUGUGCUCAAGCUGUGGCGGCGGAUGACUGCCGGACUGCGAAUGAAUUGUUGAAGCAGAUCAGGAAUCAUUCUUCCCCUUUCGGAGAUGGAACGCAGAGGUUAGCACAAUGCUUUGCAGAUGGGCUUCAAGCUCGGUUGGCCGGUACUGGUAGCCAGAUUUAUCAAUCUCUUGUGGCAAAGCGAACAACUGCUACUGAUAUCUUGAAGGCAUACCAGCUUUAUCUUGCUGCUUGUCCCUUCAAGAAGAUCACACAUUUCUUAUCCAACCAGACCAUUCUUAAUGUUUCAGAGAAAGCAUCGAGGGUGCAUAUCAUUGAUUUUGGUAUUUAUUUUGGUUUUCAAUGGCCAUGCCUCAUCCAACGUCUUGCGGCCAGGCCGGGAGGGCCUCCAAAGCUCCGGAUCACAGGCAUUGAUGUGCCUCAGCCAGGGUUCCGCCCAACUGAGAGAAUUGAAGAGACCGGUCGAAGAUUAGCUGAUUAUGCCCAUGGGUUUGGUGUCCCAUUUGAUUAUAACUCCAUUUCAUCCAAGUGGGAAACAAUCACAGUUGAAGACCUCAAACUCGACAAAGACGAGGUGCUCAUCAUCAACUGCCUCUACCGCUUCAGGAAUCUUGUAGAUGAGACUGUGGUUGUCGAUAGCCCGAGGAACAAGGUUCUAAACACCAUAAGGAAGGCCAACCCUGAUGUUUUCAUCCAUGGGAUAGUGAAUGGAUCAUACAGUGCACCUUUCUUCGUCACUCGAUUCCGUGAAGCUUUGUUCCACUUCUCAGCAUUGUUUGACAUGUUAGACACCAAUGUACCGAGAGAAGACGCCCAGAGGCUGCUGAUUGAGAGAGAUCUCUUUGGCCGUGAAGCUUUAAAUGUAAUCUCUUGUGAAGGUUCAGAAAGAGUAGAGAGGCCGGAGACAUACAAGCAGUGGCAGGUGAGGAACCUUCGGGCCGGGUUCGAGCAACUGCCGUUAGAUCCCGACAUCAUGGAGAGAGCCAAAGACAGGGUGAAAUCCAAUUAUCAUAAAGAUUUUGUGAUAGAUGAGGAUUGUAGAUGGUUAUUGCAAGGUUGGAAGGGGCGUAUCAUCUAUGCUGUCUCCACAUGGAGGCCUAAGUGGAGUUAGAUAUGUUUGUUCUUGAUGUUUUGUUCAAUAGGUGAAGAAGUGCUGAUGCAGUGUGUAUGCUAGAGUUUUCAACUCUUUGUUUUUUGUUAUGGUGAGGAGGGACAUACACUGGUUCAAACAUAAGCUGAUGUUUUAAGGCUGGAGGAAUACUGUCUACUUAUCUUGGCAAGUGGAGAAUUUGGAAGAUUGAUUGAUUGAUUGAUCUUCAGGUUUAAAGAGCAUGCAAAUGACUAGCAGAAAGAAUAAAUACUGUAAUACAUCAUGCCCUUGGUGGAGCAGUCUCCCACCUGUGAAGAGUGGGAAUUUUAAUCCCCAUACUGAGAGAAAUGGCUUUGUUUUGAUGCCCAAGCUUCUCUAUUAUGUUUUCUUUUUAAUCUUUUACUGAGAUAAAUAAAAAAAUAGUUAUUUCUAUGUCA